AUGUGCAAAUGUGCACGACGGAUUGACAAAGUCGAUGUGUGGCUAGGAAAGCGUACGUGUGGGCUCGAUGUGAAGGAUAACUCGAUGUCCUCUGGUAUUGUCGAUGAAGGCCCGGAUGACAGACCUACACUGGAUCCACCUCGGAACAUAACCUGUUCAUCGACCGGAUCAGCCAAAAUGAAGAUUACGUCGCGGCACAUUGAAAAGGACGGGUCCGGAAGGAUCACCAUCGUCCCCGAAGAAGACGAAGACAUGUACCACCUCUACAACCUCAUCGAGCAAGGCGAUCGAGUACGAGCAGCAGCAGUCCGUCGAGUGCAAUCCGAAUCAUCCACCGGAUCGAUGGAGUCGCAUCGGGUGCGUCUCAACCUCACCAUCGAGGUGGUAAAAACUACUUUCGAUGCGACGGGUUCAAGCGCUCCACCAGAUCCAUCAGCUGCAGCGGCAGCAGCAGCAUCGACAUCGUCCACAGCAGCAGAGGAAGAGGUGAGCCGAUCAGCAGCGGUCGGUGGCUCGGGUGGAGAAGGUGCGACGUUGCAGGUAGCGGGGAGGGUGGUGGAGGAGAAUCCGCACGUGAAGAUGGGAGCAUACCACACCUUGGAUCUCGAAGUGAACCGAGCGCUGACCAUCACCAAGGAGAGCUGGGACGCAGUACAUCUGGAGCGAUUGGGCGAGAGCACGGAUGUGAGUCAGCGUGCUGAAGUGGGAGCGGUGGUGCUCGGAGAUGGUACGGCGGCGGUGUGUCUGCUGACGGGACACAUGACGGUGGUGAGGCAACGCAUCGACGUGCCCAUCCCACGCAAGCGCAAAGGGCUUCCAGCCACAGCGGCGGACAAGGCAACGGCUCGAUUCUACGUCCAGGUGUACAACGCGGUCGUCAAACUGCUCCAGCUCCCGGCUCUGCGACUCAUCAUCCUGGCGUCACCCGGCUUCACCAGAGAUUCGGUGUACGACUUUUUGUUCGAAGAAGCGACACGGCGAGGCGACAAGAUCCUGAUCGGCAGCGAAGCACGGCGCAAGUUUCUCAAGAUCCACUGCAGCUCACCACACGUCCACUCGCUCAUGGAAGUGCUACGCAGCCCAGAAGUCAACGCGCAACUCAAAGACACCAAAUUUGCCCGAGAGGGCCAGCUGCUGGAACGCUUCAUGAAGCAGUUGGCGAGCGACGAGCUGCGAGCAUGGUACGGAGAGCAACACGUACUGCUAGCUGCAUCACGAGGUGCUGUUGGCGUUCUGCUGAUCUCGGACGGUCUAUUCCGUGCAGCAGAUCCGGCAAGGAGGAAAAAGUUUGUAGAGUUGGUCGAGGAUGUGCGGGCGCAGGGAGGCGAGGUGGCCAUCUUCAGCUCGAUGCACGAGAGCGGACGUCAACUCAAUGCUUUGACUGGUAUCGCUGCCAUCCUGACCUAUCCGCUCGAUAUUGAAGUGGUGGAAGAGGAGGAGGCCGAAGAAGCGAGGAACAAGCAAAAGGAAGCGGCGUGA